AGGUCAGUAGUGUAUGAAAGAUAAUGUAUGAAUAAGUAAUCGUUACAGACGCACCAGCAAAGAUGAGUGUCAAUUUUGUAGAUUAUUUCUCCAACGAGCACAAUGGAUACGAUAUUUUAUAUCAAAACAUGAAAUUCGGACUUAUAGCCAGCAAGGAACUCUCCGAGUAUCUUAGAGAGAGGUCGAACAUAGAAGAGUCGAAUUCGAAACUUUUAACUAAGUUAGCUAAACAAGCGAACAGCAACUGCGCUCAGGGCACCUUUGCACCCUUCUGGGGCGUUUUGAAGUGCUCUGCUGAGAAACUGUCCAAUUUACAUCAACACAUGUUUCAAAAAGUCAGCGAGCUGGUCAAAGAUGUUGCUCGCUAUGCUGAAGAGCUUCACAAGAAACACAAGGCUGUUAAGGAUUCUGAAUCUAGUACUUUAGAAGUUGUAUUACUUAUACAAAAUACAAAACAAGCAUUACAGAAAGCAAAGGAUGUGUACACAUCUAAGUCAGCUGAGCUAGACAAGCUAAAGAAAGAAAAUUCUUCCUCUAAAGACAUUGAAAAAGCUGAAGUUAAGCUUAAAAAGCUACAUGAAGACUUUAGACAGCUGGCAGAAAAGUACAGUCUUGUGAAACAGGACUUUGAAAAGAAAAUGACACAAACCUGUAAGCACUUCCAAGAUGUGGAGGAAGCUCAUUUAAAACAGAUGAAACAAUUUGUCAGUGCCUAUGCUGAUAUUAUUCAAAACAAUCAUGACCUAAUGGGCCAAGUUCAUAGGGAUUUUAAGCACCAGUGCCUUGAAUUGACUGUAGAAAAGCUUUUAGAACAGUUUCUUGUGGAAAAGUACAAUGCUUUAGAGAAGGCAAAUUUAAUGGAACUGAUUCCCAAUCUCCCAAAGCCUGGAUCUGCGAAUAACUCCAUAUCAGAAGCAGACCAGAUAUCCACAGUGUCUAAUGGGUCCCACAAGCCUGCACAGGCAGCUAAACCACCUAAAAAAGAGCCAUCAUUUGCAUCUAAGACUUCGAGGAGAACCACUUCUCUGCUGAAUUUAUUUACACCAAAUUUUCAGAGCAAAGAUGAACCCAGUGUCAGUAAUGAGGGUGGUGCUCCCUGCUCGGCUCCUUCCAGUCCCAGUGGAACACCAGCCACUGGUGUGGCUCCAGAUAAAGAUGAUAACAUGAAUAGAAAUACAAUUCGUGAAUCUAAAUGGUUUCGAAAUAGAAGGGCAAAAAAUAAACCAAAAAAAUCUAAAAAGAAAAAAGAUGAAAUAUCUGAAAAUUCUAAUGCAGCUGAUAAGUCUGAUUUGGAGGAAAAAGAGGAAGAAACACCUAAAGAGGAUCUAAUGAACUCUCCGGAGGUUGAUGAGGAAGGUUUUUGUAUAAGACCUAAAGAUGAGAAGGGAAGUGUUUACUCUUCAACUGACUCAGAAUCAGAAGAAGAAAGGGAACAAAAAAUACGAGUUGAAAUAAAACCUAUUAGCAAUGGAAAUGCUCCAAUGUCUGCAAGUGUGGACGAGCUUAGAGCUACAGUAGAAAACAUAGGCUUAAAAUAUAACAUUGGUACAACUAGAAGGGGGUCAAAUGUUAAUGCUAGUAAAGCAAGCAGUGACUUCUUGGUUGAUUUGAAUUUUUUCCCCAGUCCCAGUGCUAGUAACCCAGCUUCCCCUCAUGGUAAUGUCUCAAACCCUUAUGCCCCAUUACAAGCAAACCAGUCGAAUUUACUUGAAAGUCCCACCCCAGUUUCAACCGCCGACGUUGGCGAUCUUUUUUCAGAAGUUGGUGAAAUGACUCAGCCCAACUUCCGAACGUCAACACCAACAAUAUCUACUAUUUCGUUACCACGUCCGCCGUCGAGACGGUCUGAAGGUGACUUCCGAACAGCCGGCUCCUCAGGGUCCCGCGGUCCUUCGCCUCUAACUAUUGGUAUGGCAGAUACAAUACCUUUAGCUGUCGCUUUUCAUGAAAUUAUACAUUCUUAUUUCCGUGGAACAGAGGAGUCAAAAUGUCAAGUAAAAAUGUCAGGUGAUAUGAUGCUUUCUUUUCCUACUGGAAUAGUAGGUGUGCUCGCUAAUAAUCCCAAUCCAGCGAAACUCUGCUUUAGGCUGAAAAAUAUCCAUAGACUUGAUAAUGUAUUACCCAACAAGCAGCUUAUUAGUAUAAACGCAAUGAUGUCCACUCGCGACACUACAGUUGUGGAAUUCAAUAUGCCUGCUUUAACUUCUUUGCUAAAAAGACAGUCAGAAAAGAAUCCCACAGCACAAUACUUUAAUGUGGAUAUACUAAAAUAUCAAAUAAGACCAAAAACCGGUGCAGCCUCGUGCCCUUUCCAAAUGGUCGCACACUGGAAGUGUGAGCAAGAUCACACCGACCUUAAAGUAGAUUACAAGUAUAAUCUUCAUGCUAUGAGUCCACCGUCACCAUUGCUUAAUGUUUCUGUGUGUGUGCCUAUAAGUGGUUCAGUGACAAACAUAAUUGCUAUGCCCAAAAAUACAUGGAUUGCAGAAAAUGAACAAGCUCUCUGGAGAUUCACAGAAUUGUCACAGCACUCUGAAGACAGAGGUGUAGGGUCCCUGAGAGCUAGGUUUGAACUGAGCAGUGGGCCUUCGAAUUAUGCAACUAUCUCUUCUCAGUUCAACUGCGAGGGUGCAACUUUGUCUGGCAUUGAGUUUGAACUCAUUGGCAGCGGGUAUCGACUUUCACUAGUGAAACGACGCUUUGUAUCUGGGAAAUAUAUUUGUGACAGUGAUAUUCACUGAUUGGUCCAAUUUCUUAUUUAUGCAUGUGAAACUGAAUUUAAUCAUGAGGCAAAUUAAUGAGAAAAGAUCUUGUUUGACAUAAAUGUUAUCAUUGGUACCUUAUGGGACUGUUUCCUGUCCACAGACAUAUUACAUUGCAAUCACUAUAUAUGUCAAUUUCAACUUUAUUAAUUAUUAUUUUUUCGAUACUUAUUAUGGUUAUUAACAGCAUCUUUAUGUUCAAUAAAAUAUUUACUGCACCAACUAAUCUCGAGAGUAUAUGUGCCAUUAUUCACAACUAACUCAUAGUUAUUGAUGUGUAUUAUAUAGUUUUUCACACAUUUAAGCAUCAUAGAUGUAAAUUAAUUAAGAAGCUAUAAAUAAUUAUUUUUAACGAACUUUAUGAAGGUCGAUUUCCGUAGGUCUCUGCCCUAACUAAACGAAAGACGCGUUCGAGUUAUUCGUCAAGGAUGUCACAUGGUUAAAACACCCAAGACAGUCGCGCGUUGUCUACGUAAUUACUUUUCAUAAUAUUUAGUAUAGGAGCGUCAGUCGCGGUGCGACGCGACGAUUGCACAUCUGUCGUAUAAGUAGCGACUACGGAAGUCAAACAUAAAUUUCAUCACAAAAUUAUAUACUGCAAUAACUUUCAGGUCCUUUGUGCACUACGUAACGCAAAUCUCUGAUUCAAAUCGUUUCGUGCUCAUUUUCAUUGAAAAAAACGUAUGACAAUGUGCUUCUUCUCGAUCGAUAAGACGCUGUAAUUUAACAGAUAUUUGUGUAGCCUAGUGAAGAGAGUAUCUUGCACUGUUGUCAUUUAUCAAACUCAAGCCCAUACUAACACCAAGAAAGAAAGCUUUAAAAUCAUAGAAUAUAUCUACAUUAUGUUACAAUUAUUGCAAAGCCAUUUGUGGCGACAUUGUAUUGUUUUUAUUCACUAUCUACCUCCCGAGGUCAAUAAUGUAGAUAUCCUUAAUGCUAUCUAUUAAAUAUUUUUCACAAAAAUAUUAAUAAACAUUGUUUAUUUAGUUACAAGUAGGUGUAUAAUCGAAAACAGUUUAUCUAUUAACUUUUAUUGAGUAUUUUUAUAUUAAAAACAAGUAAAUUCUAAACACUUAAGUUUAUGCCA